UUACAAUAAUACGAUAAAAGAAAGAGAUUGUGAAUCUUUUUUUCUCCAAAAAACGCUUCCAAUUCAAUUAAUUCAAUCUUUAGGAUUUCAUCCCAAAUUAAUAAUAAUUGAGUGAGGAUAACUUAGUUCAUUUCGAAAUCAGCAUAUUAGAGACAUAAAGCUCUUUUUAAUACGUUAAAUUAAUUUCACAAAAUUUAUUUUUGCCGAAAAAGCUCCAAAUAAUUAUUUAAUUUUUGUGCAUUAUUGAUUGAAAGUUAAGUGUAUAAUAUCGUCAAAAAAAAGGUAAAGCAAUUAAAAUGUCUGAAAAUCAGCAACAAGCAGACAGCAAUUUGACCCCAAAAAAGGAUUUCAACUCUCCAUCAAGUCCAAGCCCUUCAAAUAUUCAUCUAAUGCCAUCGCCAAUUAUUACACGGAGAAAUAGAACCGCAUCAACAUGUGAUCGUGCAAUGAGAAAUCCAUUAAUUCACGGAACAGUAAAGAGCUUCAGUCGCAGCAAAGGGCACGGAUUUAUUGCUCCAAAAGAAGGAGGUGAAGACAUUUUCGUGCAUAUUUCGGACAUCGAAGGAGAGUAUAUACCAUUAGCUGGAGACGAAGUUGUUUAUAGAAUGUGUGCUAUUCCACCCAAGUUUGAAAAAUGUCAAGCAAUACACGUUCAGAUUACGAAUUUAACACCAGAAGUUCAUACACGAUGGGAAUCACCAUGUUUUGACGACGGACAUCAUCUUCAUAAGUAAAAAAAAUAUAAAACCUUUGACUUGUUCGUUCCACAUUACUGUUGAUUGCAAUUGCACAUUUUUAUUUUACGUGUAUUUUGGCCAUCAUAAACAAAAUCGUUCAUUUAUUAUGAUAUAUUAUGUAGUCUAAGUUUUUCAUAUUAUUUUUUUAUAUAUAAUAAUGAUGCCUAAAAUAAUAGUCACUUUAAAAAGUUUUAAUGUACAUCUCAAAUUAAUUUGGGUGCCUCGAGAGAAAACGCUGUCAACAAAUAUUAAAUAAAGAUGAUAAAAUUUAAAUAAUUUUGAAACAUGUGAUCAUGCUCUAAUGAACCCACAAUCCAUUGCAUCCAGUAACGAUUUAAUACUUAAAUCUCAUUUUUUCCACAAUUAUCAAAUGUAUAUAAAAACUAGUGUAUCGGGUAAAAACCCAAAGCGGAUUAUAUUCAUGCCGUACCAUCAAAAGUCUUAUGGAUAGACCAAGAUUUGCCCACCAUAAGCUUGAUAAGUCAACUGAGCUUCGUUCAGCAUAAGUUUUAAUGUAUAAAGCUAGCGAGUCAACUGAGCCUCGCUCAGCAUAAGUUUGAAGGUUUAAAGCUUAAAGAACAUUCUUUAAAAGUUUUUUAAAAAAAUUUUUCAUCCAAAGUUGAAUUUUAUAAAAAUCACUGUCAACUUUUGUUUUAAAAAAUUCGUAAGAAAGGAAAGUUUUUUGCUUUUUCUGAAGCAACGGAUGUUCCUACCUUGCCCAAAAACAAUACAGCUCUUCUAUAGAGCAGCGCGAAUCAAAUGUAAAAAACUAGAAUUCUCUACGAUGUUUUGUUAUUGAGAUUUCUUUCUGAUUAACUUGCAUACUUGUUUGCUUGCUUACAGAAAGCGUAUUUUGCGAUUUUCUCAGCAAUGCCGUAACCAAUUUGAAAUCCAUUUUUUGAAAAUGAUGUAAAAUUUCAGGCACAUACUUUUCUUCUCGAACCUUUUAUAACCAAUUUUGCUUCGUUUGCUCACAAAAUGCGAAAAACUGAUUUUUCAAUUUGAACAAAACACGUGAAAACGGUGUGAAUAUAAAAAUGUUAAGAUUUGCUCGAAUAUUACAUUUAUAAAGGAUCGAGAUAAAUUCCAAGUUGAAGAUUUUGAAUUUUUCAUUGAUGCCACCCAAUUUAUGCCGCCAUCAAUUAGUUUGUUUUGGAAAAUAUCACAAAAAGCAUCGUUGUUCUCGAGCAUUAUCCAUCUCUCCAUCGUUCAUAAAUUGUAAAAUCUUUAAGCUUAUGUCCGGAUUGAUAUUCAAAAAAGUGAUGAUUGCAGAUGAAAAAAUCGAAUGCACCGCACAUUAAAGUGACACUUCCAAGAAAAACUUGACCUACUUCAGACACUGCAAGCCUUUCUCCUAAUCACCUGAAGUAUAUUUGAUUCAGGCAAACGUUUUGCAUCGGAAGAUCAACAUUUGUAAACAUUGGAAUAUGAUAAUAAUAAAGAGGGUACGAUGAACAGUGAAUAGAAUUUUUCAGAGAUCGAAGCCGAUUUUUUCGGCUUAACUCAACUUUUGAUUUUUUUGAUAAAAAAAGCUAUUUAACACACAUUUCAAGUAUUUAAACUGAACUUUACAUGCUUUACUAUGAUUCUGUGUAAUAUUUUGUCAGCAUGUAGCUAUAGUGAGCUCAGAAUUUCAAUUUAGUCGAUGAUAAGCCGAAAUUUAAGCCGAUCGGCUUAAAAUCGGCUAAAUUGAAAUUCUGAGCUUACUAUAGCUACAUGCUGACAAAAUAUUACACAGAAUCAUAGUAAAGCAUAUAAAGUUCAAUUUUUAAUACUUAAAAUGGAAGUUAAAUGGCUCUUUUCUAUCAAAAAAAUCAAAAAUUGAGUUAAGCCGAAAAAAUCGGCUUCGAUCUCUGGAAUUUUUCUUAAGAUACUUCACAUGGUUUUGAAUAUCUUUAAGUUUAAAAUAAAGUUCUGGCAAGCACAAUAAACCAAGUUUUUCAGCACGCUUAGUUAAUUCAAUGAUAUUCCACUGAUUUGAACCAUCAAUACAAUUUCAAGUUUAUGACAAGCUUGAUGUCAUUCAACCUUUAAAAUCAAUUAAUUAAGACAUUUUUAAUUUUUUAUUCUUUUCAUAUUAUUAUUUUUUUUAAAAAUAAACAGGCAAAUAAAAUUAAGUAAAAAAGAGAGUUUCAUUUAUCAAAAUAAACUAUUUAUUAAUGCUGUAUGUCUGUUUUGUUUUUUCGCUCAAAGAUUACGUUGGUAUGGUUUUACUCGAAAACGAUUUUUAUAAAACGGUGUGAAGCAUCUCGGAGAAUCAGUCCGUUUUAAUUUCUUAUGGCUAAUAUUUUUAAGCGGUCUCAAUGUUACAAAUUUCUGUGAUUUACUUGCUGUGGUCAUAUUCACAUUUGUUGACAUACAAUUCAUCGAAGUCGUAUAACAAUCCGAACUGGUACAAAUUUUAACAUCUCUUUUAAGUUGCACAACUGCAUCAAUCAUAUCAUUCAGUUCUCGAGAGUACAUUUCAAAUUCGCAUCUAUCUAUCUUUAAUUCUAAUUCUCUUAUAAAUUUAUGCAUACAUAUGCUUUGUGAUGAUAUUUGCUUUUGAACUUCAUCAAGUGUUGUGCAAAUAUAAUGUAAUUCAUCCUUUCUUUUCUCGUUUUUAUUAAUUAAAGAUCUUUUAUGAGUAGACGACGUGAUGAUUACCGAGUUUUUAAACAACUUUUCUAAAUCAUCUCCUUUCUUUUGAUUAGCUUUGAUUACAUUUUGCAGCUGAUUUUUAAUCUGCGAAGAUACUUCAUCUCUUAAAGUAUUCUUAUAAAUGUCAAAAUUAGAAACAAGUCUCCGCAUGUGGUUAUUAAGUGACAAAAUUUGCUUUUGAAGGAUUUUAAAUCCAUUCUUCAUCUCAGUUGAUUCAUUAAUUUGUCGUAAUUCAUGGUUCCGAAGGACAUCAGCAAGUUGGUUUUGAAUAGAAUUAAUUUUUGGGAUAUCCUCACAUUUCACUAUUUUAAGACAGCUACUAUGCAGUUUCAAAGAAUCAUACAAGUCGGAAAUUUGUUUCUUUAUUAUUAUCUCGCAUUCGUUAUCAGUAGGUUCUUUUGAAUCAUCAAUAGAUUUUUUUUGUUUUUGAAAAUUUUUGUUAUCAAUAAGCAUGCUGGAGACUUUGCUUUCUAGCAACAAAAUUCUUUCAGCCAGACUAUCAGAAUUAUUUGAGCACUUUUGAGUAUUAUUUUUGUGAAUAUGAAUUAACGAAUUUUUACUUUCAAUUGAAUUAAAGAUUUUUUUCUUUAUUUUACUUCCAUCUGAUCUAAUUUGAUACUGCAAAAAACAUGAUUUUAUUUUCUGUUGAGAAUAAUAGAUUAUAAAACUUACUUCUUUAAAGC